UUUUGGGGAAUUGUUACUCUUCUUGCAGUGUUUUCCCCUUUACGGGCAAGCAUCUUCAUGACCAAGUAUUAACUUCUGGAUUUGUACACUUUUUUUUUUUUUGUAAACCUGUGAAUAUUUGACAAUGAACGGGCACAGUGAAGAAGAAACUAACAGUGGAAAUUCAAGUAGCCGAGCAGAUGAUGAAUCUGGUUCUGGGUCGGGGUCAUCAUCUGGCAGCAGCAGCGAUGGAAGCAGUAGCCAGUCUGGAAGCAGUGACUCUGAUAGCGGCUCAGAAUCUGGAAGCCAGUCCGACUCUGAGUCGGACAGUUCAGAACAAAAGCAAACCGUUCAGUCAAAGCCACCAAGGAUGGAUGGGGCUGAGUUCUGGAAAUCAAAUCCCAGUAUCCUCGCUGUGCAGAAAUCGGCCAUGUUGAGAAAACAGCAGCUGCAGCAGCAACAACUGCAACAGAAACCACCAGCAUCUUCAAACAGUGGCUCAGAGGACUCCUCUAGUAGUGAUGAAUCCAAUGAGGAUUCUUCAAGUGAAAGUAAAAAGAAGAAACAUAAAGAUGAAGAUUGGCAGAUGUCCGGCUCAGGUUCUGAUAGUGGCUCUUCAUCGACCAGUUCCAGUUCAGAUUCUGACUCAGGGGGGGAUAGACAGAAAAGCAGCAGUAGGGACAGCGAAUCUGAUUAUGAACCGAGCCAUAAAGUAAAAAACAAGAAAUCUCAAAACAGGUCCAAAGCUAAAAAUGGAAAGAAGAUUAUUGGGGAAAAACAACACGCAGAUUCCUCCGAUGAUGAUGAUGACUUUGAUAAGCGAGGAUCUAGGCGGCAGGCCACUGUAAAUGUCAGUUAUAAGGAAGAUGAAGAGAUGAAAACAGACUCUGAUGACUUGUUGGAAGUAUGUGGUGAAGAUGUUCCUCAACCAGAGGAAGACGAGUUUGAAACAAUUGAAAGAGUAAUGGACUCUCGUUUUGGGCGAAAAGGAGUUACUGGCGGUACUACAACCAUUUAUGCAAUAGAAGCUGAUGGUGAUCCUAAUGCUGGUUUCGAUAAGACAAAAGAGCCCGGAGAAGUCCAGUAUUUAAUUAAAUGGAAAGGUUGGUCUCCUAUUCACAAUACAUGGGAAACCGAAGAAACGCUAAAGCAGCAAAAUGUAAAAGGAAUGAAAAAGCUGGAGAACUACAAGAAAAAGGAGCAGGAAAAAAGGAAAUGGCUAAAAGCAGCAUCACCGGAAGAUAUUGAGUAUUACAAUUGUCAACAGGAACUUACUGAUGACCUUCACAAACAAUAUCAGAUUGUGGAGAGAAUAAUAGCUCAUUCAAAUCAGAAAUCUGCAGCUGGAUACCCUGAUUAUUUCUGCAAGUGGCAAGGUCUUCCAUAUUCAGAGUGCAGUUGGGAGGAUGGAGCACUUAUUGCUAAAAAGUUUCAGCCACACAUUGAUGAAUACUUUAGCAGAAAUCAGUCCAAAACUAUUCCUUUUAAGGAGUGCAAGGUUUUGAAACAAAGGCCAAGGUUUGUUGCUUUGAAGAAACAACCAUCAUAUAUUGGAACUGAUGUACUGGAGCUUAGGGACUACCAGCUUAAUGGCUUAAACUGGCUUGCUCACUCAUGGUGCAAGGGAAACAGUUGUAUUCUGGCUGAUGAAAUGGGAUUGGGAAAAACAAUUCAGACCAUUUCUUUCUUAAAUUACUUAUUCCACGAACACCAACUGUAUGGGCCUUUUCUGAUUGUUGUUCCCCUGUCAACGCUAACCUCCUGGCAAAGAGAAAUUCAGACCUGGGCUCCUUUAAUGAAUGCUGUGGUAUAUUUGGGGGAUAUUAAUAGCAGGAAUGUGAUCAGAACUCAUGAGUGGAUGCACCCCCAGACCAAGAGGUUAAAAUUCAAUGUUUUAUUAACAACCUACGAGAUCCUGCUUAAGGACAAAUCUUUUUUAGGGGGUCUUAACUGGGCUUUCAUUGGAGUUGAUGAAGCUCAUCGAUUAAAGAAUGAUGAUUCCCUUUUGUACAAGUCCCUCAUAGACUUCAAGUCUAACCAUCGGCUUCUUAUCACCGGAACACCAUUGCAGAAUUCCCUUAAAGAGCUCUGGUCCCUUCUUCAAUUCAUCAUGCCAGAAAAAUUUUCAUCCUGGGAACACUUUGAAGAGGAACAUGGAAAGGGCAGAGAAUAUGGCUAUGCCAGUCUCCACAAAGAACUUGAGCCAUUCCUUUUAAGAAGAGUGAAAAAAGAUGUGGAGAAGUCAUUACCGGCAAAAGUAGAGCAGAUUCUGAGGGUAGAGAUGAGUGCUCUGCAGAAACAGUACUAUAAAUGGAUUUUAACCAGGAAUUACAAGGCUUUGAGCAAAGGUUCCAAGGGCAGUACCUCAGGAUUUUUGAACGUCAUGAUGGAGCUAAAGAAGUGUUGUAAUCAUUGCUACCUCAUUAAGCCACCAGAAGAUAAUGAGUUUUAUAACCGGCAAGAGGCUCUACAGCACUUAAUUCGCAGUAGCGGGAAACUCAUUCUCCUGGACAAGUUGCUAAAACGUUUACGUGAACGAGGUAGCAGAGUCUUGAUCUUUUCUCAAAUGGUGCGGAUGCUGGACAUCCUUGCAGAAUAUUUAAAGUCUCGACAGUUUCCAUUUCAGAGGUUAGAUGGGUCCAUCAAAGGAGAAAUACGAAAGCAAGCACUUGAUCAUUUUAAUGCUGAAGGCUCAGAGGACUUUUGCUUCCUCCUCUCUACAAGAGCUGGUGGUCUUGGCAUAAACUUGGCUUCCGCUGAUACAGUCGUCAUUUUUGAUUCAGACUGGAAUCCACAGAAUGACUUGCAGGCUCAAGCCAGAGCUCAUCGUAUUGGACAAAAGAAACAGGUGAACAUAUAUCGCCUGGUCACCAAAAGCUCUGUGGAGGAAGAAAUUAUUGAAAGAGCGAAGAAAAAAAUGGUGCUGGAUCAUCUUGUUAUUCAGAGAAUGGACACUACCGGCAAAACAGUUUUACACACUGGAUCAACUCCAUCUAGUUCUACACCAUUUAACAAAGAAGAGCUUGCUGCUAUUUUAAAGUUUGGUGCUGAAGAAUUAUUCAAGGAACCUGAAGGAGAAGAGGAGGAGCCCCAGGAAAUGGACAUUGAUGAAAUCUUGAACAGAGCAGAAACGCAUGAAAAUGAAGGCGGCCUAACGACUGUAGGAGAUGAGCUGCUUUCACAAUUCAAGGUUGCUAACUUUUCUACAAUGGAGGAAGAUGAUAUUGCAGAAAGUGAUCGUAAUUCAAAAUCCUGGGAGGACAUUAUUCCUACAGACCAGAGAAGAAGAAUGGAGGAAGAGGAGAGACAGAAGGAGCUUCAAGAAAUCUAUCUUCUUCCUAGGAUGCGCAAUUGUGCAAAACAAGCUGGCUUCAAUGGAAGCGAAGGUAGACGCAGCAGAAACAGAAGGUACUCUGGGUCCGAGGACAGUGACUCUGGUUCUGACAGAAAACGCCCCAAAAAAAGGGGCCGGCCAAGAACGAUUCCACGAGAGAACAUUAAAGGCUUUAGUGAUGCUGAAAUAAGAAGGUUUAUUAAAAGUUAUAAAAAGUUUGGUGGACCUUUAGAAAGGUUAGAUGCAAUUGCUCGAGAUGCGGAGCUUGUGGAUAAAUCAGAAACAGACCUCCGAAGACUUGGAGAACUGGUUCACAAUGGCUGCAUUAAAGCAUUAAAGGACAGUUCUGGUACAGAGAGAACAGGUGGAAGGCGAGGAAAAAUGAAAGGACCAACAUUCCGUAUUUCAGGAGUACAAGUUAAUGCAAAGCUUGUCAGCUCACAUGAGGAAGAGCUGCUUCCUUUGCAUAAAUCUAUUCCUUCAGAUCCGGAGGAAAGGAAAAGAUACGUUAUUCCAUGCCACACAAAAGCAGCACAUUUUGAUAUAGAAUGGAACAAGGAGAAUGACUCAAAUCUAUUAAUUGGUAUUUAUGAGUAUGGAUAUGGCAGCUGGGAGAUGAUUAAAAUGGACCCUGACCUCAAAUUAACGCAAAAGAUAUUACCUGAUGAUCCAGACAAAAAGCCUCAAGCUAAGCAGUUACAGACCAGAGCAGACUACCUCAUUAAACUUCUAAACAAGGACCUUGCAAGAAAAGAAGCACAACGGCUUUCAGGAGGUGGAAGCUCUAAGCGAAGGAAAGCUAGAGGAAAAAAGAGCAAGGUUGUGAAGCCAGUGAAAAUUGAAGAGGAAAUAAAAAGUGAAUCUUCUCCGCCUACAUCUGAAAAAUCGGAGGAAGAGGAGGAAGAGGAAGUAGAAGAAAAGGUGAGUGUAAAUGGGUAACAUUAUGAUGGGAAAGAGAAACCGAAGAAAAACAUUUCUGCUGAAACACCUGUUCAUAUAACUGCCAGUAGUGAGCCUGUCCCAAUUUCUGACGAGGCAGAGGAGCUCGAUCAAAAGACUUUCAGUGUUUGUAAAGAGAGGAUGAGACCGGUGAAGGCAGCAUUGAAACAGCUGGAUCGACCUGAAAAGGGACUCUCUGAGAGAGAACAGCUGGAACACACCAGGCAGUGCCUCAUCAGAAUUGGGGAUCACAUUACAGAAUGCUUAAAAGAAUAUGCAAACCCUGAACAAAUUAAGCAAUGGAGGAAAAACCUAUGGAUAUUUGUAUCGAAGUUCACUGAAUUUGAUGCCCGGAAACUGCACAAGCUUUACAAACAUGCUAUCAAGAAGCGCCAGGAAUCUCAGCACAAUGACCAGAACGUUGGCAGCAGUGUAAACACGAUCGUACGGCAUCCAGAUGUAGACAGGCUAAAAGAAAACGCAAACCAUGACGACAGCAGUAGAGACAGUUACUCCUCUGACAGGCACUUAUCACAGUACAAUGAUCACCACCAUAAGGACAGACACCAGAGUGAUUCCUACAAGAAGAGUGACUCUAGGAAAAGACCUUAUUCCAGCUUCAGUAAUGGCAAAGACCACAGAGACUGGGAUCACCACUAUAAGCAGGAUAGGUACCACAGUGAAAGCAAACACAGAAAGCUGGAUGACCACAGAAGCAGAGAUCAUAGGUCAAGCACGGAAGGAAGUUUAAAGGACAGAUCCCAUUCUGAUCACCGUUCACAUUCAGAUCACAGAUCAAGUUCUGACUACAGCCAUCACAAAUCUUCCAGGGAUUACCGAUACCAUUCAGACUGGCAAAUGGACCAUAGAGCUUCUGGUAGUGGGCCGAGAUCACCUUUAGAUCAGAGGUCUUCCUAUGAUUCCAGGUCUCCUUUGGGCCGCAGGUCGCCUUUCGAGUGCUCAUCAGAUCACAAAAGCACCCCAGAACAUUUAUGGAGCGGGCGCAAAACAUAACACAUGGAGAGCAGUUCUGGACGCUAGCCAUAUAAAGUAAAAUUAUCACGGUGAUUGCCUUACAUAACUUGAAAGAAAUGGACUGCAUCUGCCCAGGGCAGACGUAACUACUUUCCUGAAUGCAAGGUCUAUUAUCACAAAAGAACAGAGAAUAUUUUUGUAUUUAAGGUAUAUGCUGCACUGUGCUGCAAUCGUGGCAUUUUUUUUUAAAG